AUGCCUGACACCAUCGUCCAUGUCGAUGCCAUUCUCUUCGAUAUGGAUGGUACCCUAGUUGAUUCCACUCAAGGCGUUGUGGGUGCCUGGCAAACUUUCAGGGAAACAUACCCUGACAUUGACGUACACCACAUAUUGAGCUCCGCGCAUGGUGUUCGUACUGUCGAUAAUCUUAGCAAGUACUGCGGGAUUGAUGACCCGGAUCUGCUUCAGAGCGAGGCAGAGCGUUUUGAACGCGCAAUCGUGACUUCAUCUUCAGAAGCAGGCCGGCAAGGUAUUACCCUUUUGCCCGGAGUCGCGUCGGUAAUGGAGGAGCUUGCCCCGGGGCGUUUUUUACUCAAACCCUGCUGGGCCAUCUGCACAUCCGCAACGCGCCCUUACGCUACCUCUGCGCUCAAGAUCGCAGACGUUCCCAUACCUGACGUAUUCAUUACAGCAGAGGACGUCACACAGGGCAAGCCAUUUCCAGAUCCUUACCUGCUAGGCGCAGAGAAAUGCGGGGUCAAGCCCGAAAAUUGCCUCGUUUUCGAAGAUGCACCUAAUGGCAUUCGUAGCGGCCGGACCGCUGGUUGCAAGACUGUUGCUUUUCUUACCAGUCACAGCAGGGAACAAGUUCAGGCUGCUGAGCCGGAUUUUAUCGUGAAGGACAUGUCAUGUAUAUCCAUGAAACGGACUUCCAACGGCGUGGAGGUGAUAAUCAAGUCUCACUAG